AUGACCUCCUCGCGUUGGUGGCUUUACGUGCAGGCCGUCUUUUGGCGAUUCCUCAUGCGCAUCGGCAUGUUCCUGCACACUAGCUUGCCGCCUCGACCACCCAAACCGUUAUUCACCCGCAUCGUCAAAUCGGACACCCACGGCCACUCCGUGGUCAUCCACUUUUAUUGCCCCCCAGAUUACUACCAACAACGCCGCCUGGGCCAUCGCUACCCAGUCGCAGUCAACUUCCACGGCGGAGGCUUCACAUUGGGGAGCGCCACUGACGAUGGCCGCUGGGCGGCCGCCGUCGUCGAGCAUGUCGGCGCGGUGGUGGCUAGUGUGAGCUACCGGCGGGCACCGGAGCACCCCUUCCCGGCAGCAGUUGACGACGGCGUUGAAGCGCUGCUGUUCCUGGCAGCGCAUGCCGCUGAAUUAGCCCUGGAUGUCAGCCGCGUGGCAUUGAGCGGGUUCUCGGCCGGUGGUAACCUGGCCGUCACCGUGCCGCUGCGUCUGCGUGGCCGAAUCUCGACAGAAGUCAAUGAGCACUUUGGCCGGGCGGAAUCGACGCAGCGGCUGGUCGAUCAAACCAGCGACCUCAACAUCGUGGCGCUGUUCUGCUGGUACCCGAUCCUGGACUUUCUUGAGUCGCGCGACCAUCGCCGGGCGAUGAGUAUCAUGCCGGACAAGACGUUGCCUAAGUUCUUCACCUCCCUCUUUGACGAAGCGUAUCUGCCUGAUCUGGAGGACCGCUACUCGGCCUUUGCGUCGCCGGUGCGCGCCUCCGAUCGUAUCCUCAAUGAAGCUCUGCCUCACGAUGUAUUCCUGUUCAUCUGUGAGUGGGACAUGCUGAUGAACGAGGGCCAGACCUUUGUGCGUCGCCUCGAGGGCUUGGGCAAGCGAGUACGGGCCAUGAUGGUCGAAAAGGCCCGGCAUGCGUGGGACAAAUCCGCCAACCCGUUUCGUGACCAGGGCCACAUAGACAUCCUCUACCGCGAUGCAUGUGCGGACAUGAAAGCGAUCUUCGAUCGGUGA